AUGGACCACAUUCCCACUACCAACGAGGCCAAGGGCGAGCCCGAGUCCAUCACAAACAAGAUCCUGGAAACCGGAGCUGCCGCUACACAGAACUUCGCCCCACCCAAGCGUGUCUGCGCUCAUCUCAAUGCCUUCCACGCAUACGCCAACGAUCCUACUCGUUGCGUCGAGACCAACCACUACUGUGCUCACUUGAACGAUGAGGUCCGACAAUGCCUUCUCUACGACUCGCCUGAGUCAAAUGCUCGUCUCAUCGGCAUCGAAUACAUGAUCAGCACCCGCCUCUACGAGACCCUGGAACCCGAAGAGCGCAAAUACUGGCACUCGCACGUCUUCGAAGUAAAGUCUGGCAUGCUGCUCAUGCCCCGCCCCGCUGGCGUCCCCGCAGCUGUCUGGGAAGUCGCAGAGAACAAAGAGAUGGAAGAGGUUGUCACACUCUACGGCAAGAUCUUUCACUUGUGGCAGACAGACAAGGGUCACAAGCUUCCGCUGGGCGAGCCUCAGCUCAUGACUAGCUAUACCGACUAUGAUCAGUUUGACUUCGACCAGAAGGUUGGGGACAGAGACAGAAGGUUUGGUGAAGACCACCGUCACAAGCGUGAGGUCAGAGAGUACAUCAAGGAGCCCACCAUCCAUCAAGACGCGGAUGCCGCUUGGCAGAAUGGAAACAACAAGCAGCUCAAGAAGGAUGGUGCCAUGACCCACCCCUCUGUCAUGCAGGACAGCCACAGUGCUGCUUAG